AUGAUAUGUCUGUCUAAAAUUAAUCCAACUUUUCAACAUCCAAUUAUAAUUUUAACAUGUUAUCACUUUUUUCAUGCCAAAUGCAUUAAUCGCUGGGCUUCUGGAUCGGAAUAUACUUGUCCUAUUUGUCGAAAUAAAGAUUUAGAAAAUACAUCAAAAUCAGAAAGUACUAAUCAGCAAGUUAAUCCAAAUGAAUCUACUACCGCAAAUACAUCUACUUCUAUAGAAUAUACUCCAAUUGAACCUACCACUGUAAAUACAUCUACACCUAUGGAAUAUACUCCAAUUGAGCCUACUACUGUAAAUACAUCUACAUCUAUAGAAUAUACUCAAAUCGAAUCUACUACUACAAAUAUAUCUACUUCUAUACCUUCUAUACUAAUCGCCAACCCUCAUGAUCUUACAUCUACAAGUGAUCUAGCUAUAUCUACUAUUACUAGUACUAACUCCAGCAAUCCUGUAUCUACAAUCGCCAACCCUAGUAGCCUAGCAAUACCUACCAUUAUUAAUAGCUCUAAUAAUUCUACAUCCAACUUUGGUAAUUCUACUAGGUUUACAUUAGUUACCAAACCUAGUAGCUCUACUGCUAACCUAAGAAAAGAAAAAAAUUUUUUAGAAAUUUUUGCAGAUUUAGUUACUCCUAGUGAAAUAUCCAGAGUUAGUAGUAGUGAAGGUGAAGAAGUAGAUAGUAGAAAUGCAACAAUAAGUUUAGUUCAGCUUUAUAAUAAAGCAGAACAUUCUCAAAAGCGUGCAAUAUUAGCAAACCACGCUGAAAUAUGGUCCUGGUAUCGAUUCGCUAAAGCAUUUGAAAGAUAA